AUGCUUACCCUCCCCGGUUUACCCCCCGAGAUCCUCGUGAAAAUCGGGUGCCAGCUUGAUGCCAAAGACCUUUGUCGUCUCAUUCGCGCAAACAGAAGACUUGCUAUGGUUCUUUGCCCAAAACUUCAGCGGAUGGCAAUCGAUUGUCCUGAGCUGGGGUUCGCCGCCCUUCUCUCAGCAGCAAGCAACGGAAACAUACUGCUCGUCAAAUUGUAUAUUAAUCAUGGCUUGAAUGAUGCCCGGCUACAGCCUUUGAAAGGGAUGAAAAGGUUAUAUGAUUUGCCUGAUGAUUACACACCAUUUUUUCCGGGGUUUCUGUUUUCAAGGAACCACCAAACUGCAUUUCUCACAGCGGCUAUGGAAAGUAAUGAGACUACUGUCAAAGUAAUAUAUGAGACUGGCAUCCAGAAAAUCGUGUCAAGGAACUAUCUUCGGCAAAGCGCUCUCCAUAUGGCGGCAUCAAAUAAGGAUAUCGGUCCCUUGGAGUAUCUUAUACGGAACGGCGCCGAUACAAAUGCUCGUGACCGGUAUAAACAAACGCCUCUCCACCAUGCCGCGGCAGGCUGGUCCGGGGCUAGCCACAAGCACUUGAGGACGCUCAUACGAAAUGGAGCGAGAGUCGAUGCAUUGGAUUUUCGUAAACGAACACCACUCCACAUGGCUUGUAUUGGGGGUUCAUGGCCAAAAAUCAAAACACUGUUAGAAAACCAGGCGGAUAUGUCUAUCAGAAAUGAUACAGGUAUGGCCAGUAAUGAGAAGGUUGACAGAACGGUUCCGGAGGUGCUACCAGAGGUGCCGCUGUCAUUGAAGUCUUAUAAUUCGUUUCUUCAAGGGCUUGAGAAGGUCGGGUUGGAGGAGAAAGUUUCUCGACUCUUUUAA